GUGGAGAUGAGUGUAGUGUGCUGUAAUCUGUGUACUGUGUGCUUGUCAGUGUACUGUUCUCCCAACCUGGAGGGCCAGUAUCACUUCUGUUGGUUGUUAAAUGAGAUCUUGAAAAAGCUAACCCCCAUCUUGGCAUAGCGAUUCAGAACAAGUACCAAAAAUACAAUAAUAAUGAUGAAUCAAGAUCUUUGUUUUAAUUUUUUCUUUAUUUUAAUGUUUUAUUUUAUUUCAUGUUGUACUUUUAUUGUUGCUUAUUUUCUUCUGUCCAGACAAUUAAUGAUCCAGUUCACAAAACAAUUGAGAUGCAUCCAUUAUGUUUGAAAAUUAUAGAUACUCCAGAGUUUCAGAGGUUAAGAGAUAUAAAGCAAUGUGGUGUUAGCUACCUCGUUUAUCCAUCUGCUGUUCAUAGCAGAUUUGAGCAUAGUAUUGGUGUCUAUUACUUGGCAUCAUUGAUGGUCGAUAGUCUCAUGAAGAAAUAUGAAGAUCCUUGCAUGUAUAAAGAAAAUCCAAUCAAAAUCAGCCAAGAAGAUCGACUCUGUGUUAUGAUUGCUGCACUUUGUCAUGACAUUGGUCACGGACCCUUCUCUCAUCUAUGGGAGAGAUUUAUAAACAGACAAACUAAAAAGAAAUGGCGUCAUGAGGAUAUGUCCACCAAAAUAUUUAAACGUUUAGUUGAAAAGAACAACUUGAAAGGAGAAUUUUUAAAUUACAAUCUUAAUGACAUUCAUAUCAGUUUCAUCACUGACAUUAUUGCUGGAAAUUAUGAAUAUCAUCAUGAUAAACGCUUUUUGUUUGAGAUUGUUGCUAACAAAGAAACAAAUAUAGACGUUGACAGGUGGGACUACAUGCUGAGAGAUGCUUAUUUCUUUGGAGUUAUCUGUCCUGUGGAGUAUCGAAGGAUUUUGUCUUAUAUGAAAAUUAGGAAAACUGUUGAUGGAAAUCGAAUCGAAUUCAGGGACAAACUGUAUAAUGAUUUGCUUGAAAUAUUCGUAAAUAGAAUAAAGUUACACAGGAUUUGUUACCAGCACCGAGUCAGCAGAACGAUUGAGCUGAUGUUAAUUGAUGCCUUGAUUGAAGCAGAUAAUUUUUUUUUUACUGACAGACAACUAAAUUUAUCCAAUGCUCAUGAAGAUAUUGACACGUAUCUUACCCUCUCUGAUGGUCUUUUAUACAAUUUAUUGCAUUGGAAAAAUGAAAAACUGACAAGAGCUAAAGAUAUAUUAUUUAAAAUUGUUACUAGAAAAUUUUAUAAGCUGAUUUAUCAAACAAAGCUAAAAAAAAAAAUAGAAAUUGAAGAAAUCCAGGAAAAGUUGGAAAAUGCUUUAAGAGUUAAGAACUCCAAAAUCGAAUUACGAAUAUUGCAGUUUGAACUUAGCAUGGGCACUGGAGGGGAUGACCCAUUCAAAAAUGUUCUUUUUUAUAAAAAAGAUGGAAGUGACUUGAAAGCUUCAUUACCUGAAGAAUGCAAGACAAUGGAAUUGAAUUUCUGUAUUUUCUCUGUAAAUGACAUAGACGAGAAAUUAGUCGAAGAGAUGAAAACUUUAUUACCUCAGAUAUGCCCUGAAUUUAAAUAA